CGGCUCCGCCCACCCCUCCCCCACAUCUCGAUUCCCCCAUCACGUGAUCCCCGCCCCGCCGGGCGCAGGAUGGUGCCGGGAGAAAAUGGCGGAUCCCGAGGAACUGCGGAACAUGGUAUCCAGUUUUCGAGUGUCAGAACUCCAAGUGCUGCUCGGCUUUGCCGGCCGCAACAAGAGUGGACGCAAACACGACCUCCUCAUGAGAGCCCUCCACUUACUGAAGAACGGAUGCAGCCCUGCUGUUCAGAUUAAAAUCAAAGAACUGUACAGGAGAAGGUUUCCUCGGUCAUUAGAGGCAGUUCCAGGCCUCUCAUCCAUCAGAUCUAAUGUCUUCAACUUGGAUAGCAACUCGUCAGUAGAUUCUGACCUCGCUGUGGCCGGGAUCCACUCCUUACCUUCCACUUCUGUCGCCCCGCACUCCCCUGCAUCCCCUCUGGGCACAGUACUCCUACAGGACACUAAACCUCACUUUGAUCUACAGCAACUUUCCCCACCAAUCCCACCUGUCCAUCCAGACGUCCACCUCCGAAGUCUUCCUUUCUAUGAUGUGCUUGAUAUCCUCAUCAAGCCAACAAGCCUGGUUCAGAACAAUAUGCAACGCUUUCAAGAGAAAUUCUUUAUCUUUGCAUUGACCCCUCAGCAAGUGCGUGAAAUUUGCAUCUCCAGGGACUAUAUGCCAGGAGGACGGCGGGAUUAUUCAGUGCAAGUUCAAUUGAGGUUGUGUUUAGCAGAGACAAGCUGUCCUCAGGAGGAUAACUAUCCCAGCAGCCUUUGCAUUAAAGUCAACGGGAAGCUCUUUCCAUUGCCUGGCUGUGCCCCACCACCGAAAAAUGGUGUUGAGCAGAAGCGACCAGGGCGCCCACUGAACAUCACAUCUCUUGUUCGCCUGUCAUCCGCUGUCCCAAACCAAGUCUCUAUCUCUUGGGCUUCAGAGAUUGGGAAGAAUUAUUCCAUGUCUGUGUACCUGGUGCGUCAGCUGACAUCUGCAGUCUUAUUACAGAAGCUAAAGAUGAAAGGCAUCAGAAAUCCAGACCAUUCUAGGGCUCUGAUAAAAGAGAAGCUGACGGCGGAUCCAGACAGUGAGAUUGCCACCACUAGCCUGCGUGUUUCAUUGAUGUGCCCUCUUGGGAAAAUGAGACUAACGUUCCCUUGUCGGGCCGUCACCUGUAGUCAUUUGCAAUGCUUUGACGCUGCACUUUACCUGCAAAUGAAUGAAAAGAAGCCCACCUGGAUCUGUCCUGUGUGUGACAAGAAGGCCAGCUACGAGAGUCUCAUAUUAGAUGGACUCUUCAUGGAGAUUCUCAACCAGUGCUCAGAUGUAGAUGAGAUUCAGUUCCAGGAGGACGGGUCCUGGUGCCCCAUGAGACCAAAGAAAGAGCCAGUGACCGCACCAAGCUCUCAGUUCUCACACAAUGAAGGAUCUGGAGUAAUCAGCAAGAUAUACUCUGCUAAAGAGCCCACUGAGAUAAGCCCAAAGAAGAAGGCAGAAGUCAUUGACCUGACCAUCGACAGCUCCUCUGAAGACGAGGAUGAGCCAGCUCGUAAAAGGAAAUGUCUGUAUAUGCCAGACUCACAGGGGUCCCCAAUCAAAGGUGUGUUAUCUUACCAACCGUCAACAAUCCGACUUGGGAAGAUGGGAAGCAUGGAGCCAGACUCCUUACAUCAAUCCUUGCUGGAAUAUCAAGACCACUUCCACCAUCCAGCCAUCACUGGUCUCGCUGCAGAUUUACCAGGUUUUGAUUUCCUGUCUUUGGUACCAGUGGAUUCUCAGCAGUACUAUCCCCCUAUGUUUUUGGAUAGUCUCAACUCGGCUCUCCAAGCCAAGCACACUCUUGGCAAGCUGAAAACCUCGAGCAGCCACCGUGAAAGCCGCGCCGACAGCGACCUUGGAGAGAGGAACGUCCCCGGGAAACCUUUGUGAGGACCCCGGCGUAUCCAGCUCCAGAAACACGUCUAAUUUUUAUUGAUUUGUUUACAGAAAGACUUUAAGACGCUCAAGGUCCUUGAAGAAUUUUCAUUUGGUGUUUGGAGCAAGCUUUGGACCUGAGCGAUCAUUCUGCUGCAGUUUUGUUUGUUGAUCUGCGAGUUGCACAUGUUCAGUUGAUGUACAUAGGAGGUACUAAGUGAAAUCAUUGUAAAUACAUAUUUUUUUAAAUAAACCAUAAAAUCCCUGAAA